CCCGGUGACUGAUUCCUUGCUCCCGAGGGAAAGGUAUUCCACAUUUCUUGCUCCAGCUGUUCUCCCCCAAGGGACGGCAGCUGCACAGGUCAAAGACUUCGAGAGAGCGCUGAGGGGAAAGGACUUCGCAGUGGGCUCAGCCGGGUUGGCAGAGAUUUUCUUACUGCUUUGCGAUGGCCACGCUUACAGGAAACACAAAACUGCCGAAAUUCCCUGUGCCACCUCUGUCAUGCCCAGACGCUGCAGAUCACGUAUCAUUCUAACCUCCCGGGAAAAGGAAAACGAGCCCACGGCGUCUAUGUCAAUCGUCUGAUGAACACUGGUUCUCUUUGAUGAUCCUCCGCCAAGCGUGCUGUGCGUCCUGAGAAUGUGUCCAAACCUCUGCCCUUUCCUGAGAGGGAGCCCAGAUGAGGGCAGUCCUGCCCCUGAAAGCCUGGCACCAGGAGGUGGUGGCCUUUGAGGACGUGGCUGUGUACUUCACGCAGACGGAAUGGGCCAGCCUUUCUCCCACACAGAGGGCUCUCUACAGAAAUGUGAUGCUGGAGAAUUAUGGGAACUUGACCUCCCUGGGAUACUCAGUUCCCAAACCGUCUCUGAUCUCCCUCCUGGAGGGAGGGGCUUUGCCUUGGGACAAGAAGGCACAGGAUGACCCACCUUUAGAGAAGACCAAAGCCGGCUGCAAAGAUGCUGAGAGCACCCUUCACAGUGGGUGCACACCAACGCAGGGAAUCUCUGGAGAAAGAGCCGGGAGCCCACCACGUGGGCUGCAGAAGAGGGUUCCUCAGGGAACCGACUUCCCAGAAACACGUGGCCUGGAGAAGCACCAGGCGGUCCCCACUGUGGGAAAUGUCAGAGGAAAGGUUGAGAGAACCCACUGUGCUGGGAAACCUUUUAGCUGUGAGGAGUGUGGGAAACACUUCAGCUAUUUUUCCUACUACAUUCGGCACCAGCGAGUCCACACCGGCGAGAAGCCCUUUGGUUGCACCGAGUGUGGGAAAGCCUUUAAUGGCAAUUCCUCACUCAUCCGGCACCAGAGAAUCCAUACUGGAGAGAGACCCUACCAGUGCGAGGCGUGUGGGCGAGCCUUCAACGAUAAUGCCAAUCUGAUCAGACAUCAGAGGAUCCACAGCGGGGACAGGCCCUAUCACUGUAAGGAGUGCGGCAAUAGCUUCACCAGCAGUUCGGAGUUUGUCAUACACCAGCGGAUCCACACCGGGGAGAAGCCUUAUGAAUGUAACGAGUGUGGAAAAGCUUUCGUUGGCAAUUCACCACUAAUCCGGCAUCAGAAAAUUCACACGGGAGAGAAGCCGUAUGAGUGCAGUGAGUGCGGCAAAAGCUUCGGGAGGACUUCCCACCUCAGCCAGCACCAGCGCAUUCACACAGGGGAAAAGCCUUAUUCUUGCCACGUCUGUGGCCAGGCCUUCAAUUUCCAUAUGAAACUCACUCGGCAUCAGAGGAUCCACAGCGAAGAGAGGCCCUUUGAGUGUGUAGAUUGUGGGAAAGCCUUCACUGCUAGAGAACAGUUACGCAGGCACCUCCGAAUCCACAGGCAGGAGUCUUCCUGUGUGUGUGACGAGUGUGGGAAAGACUUCACCAGCAGAAGAACUCUGCUUCAGCAUCAGAAAACUCAUGCUGACGAGAAGCCCCAUGACUGUAGCAAGUACGACAAAGCCUGCAGGGCUUCUUCCCAGCGAGGUCAUCAGGAGCAUAUCCAGUCCGGAGAGAAGCCUUUGCUGGACAUUUGUCACUUUGGCCUCCCAGAAUUCUUUACUCCCUUUUACUGGUAAUAGUACGCACUAAAUUUCCUCUUGGACUCCAUCCUCUGCUCAGGAGUGGAGUGUGGGACACAGGUCAAUCGCGCUGUGAGGUUUCCCCGCUCCGGGUCCCAUUUACUGUUUCUCAUGUCGUUGAGUGACCUAAGAUGGUCAAUUAAAAUGAGCUCCAGGACUUGGUAAGAGCUAAUUGGAAUAAAUUUUCUUAUUUAUCCAUUGGACCUGCGCUGAGAGGAGCGCCCUGGAUUCUUCGGAGACAGAAUAAAGUCAGCACAGCAAACGAGAGAUCAGAGUCGGAGAGCGGCCAGUUCUUGAACACAUGGUUUGAACAACUCCAUGAAGUCAUAUCUGAAAACUAGAAUGAUGUCUGCGUUUUUAAUCCCAGUGACCAAUAAAUUCCACGUUUGCUUUUGUACUUAAUCAAAUCCGAGUUGGAUUUUUCCCUUCCUUGAAGUGGAAGGUUGUCUUCCACGGAGCCUUAUUAGCAUAAUGACCCAUGCCUGCAGGGUGACAAACAUGGUUAGGUGAUGUUGAGUGGGCUCCAGCCCACCCUGUCUGUGUACCACAGGAUGGAAUAGUCCUUGCUGUCACCGUUGUUCGGUUCGAGCUCAGUGUUGGAGCCACUGUGUCCUCCAUCUCCUUGGGGGUCUUCCUUGUUUUACACAGACUGACUUCCCCACAUCUGAUGUCUUUUCCCCGGAACUGGUCCCUCUCGACAGCAUGUCCCAAGUACAGGAGACAAAAGUCUCACCAUUACCUCUUCUUACUAAGGAGUCUUAUGACUCUACUGUCUCCAUCCCUGAUAGAUUUGUUUAUUCUGGCAGUCCAUGGUCCUUUCAUUUUCCUCCCCCACGAUCAGCGAUUCAAAGGGUGAGCCAAUCGCCUUACUCACUCACUCAGCGUCUAACUUUCACACGCAUGGGAGGAUUGAGCAUCCCAUGGCUAGGGCUGGCCGCACUUGGUCCUCAGAGUCACAGCUUUGCUCCUUACCAUUUUAAAAGGGAGUUGGUGCAGCAGAUUUGGCCAGUGCCAUAUGGUUCGAUUUUUCUUUUUUCUUUUUUUAAGGUUUCAAUAUUUCAUUCCAAGUUUUAAGGAUGUUAAUUACAGCAUUUGAAGCAGAGGACAUAAUUCCAUGUGACAUGGAAGACCAAAAGGGACCCAUGAAAUGACACAAAAUAAAUUGGUGACUGUAA